GGGCGGGGCCCGCGGGCCUGGGCUCGGCGACGCCUGGGGACGCGCCAGGCCGUGGGCUCCGCGGGGCCGCGCGCAGCACCAUGGCGCGCCUCCUCCGUGCUCUCGGGCGUCUGCCUUUCCGAGCGGCGCCUGGGCUGGCGGUGCGGUGCCGAGCGGACAGCGGCGGCCUCCGCGCGAGAAGCGGGCCCGGGGACGCAGGCUCCCUUACAAAGCGUGGGCCGACUCUCUCCAAGAGUGAGUGGCAGAAGAAGCUGACUCCCGAGCAGUUCCACGUCACCAGAGAAAAAGGGACGGAGCCACCUUUCAGUGGAAUCUACCUGAAUAACAAGGAAUCAGGGAUGUAUCACUGCGUGUGCUGUGACAGCCCACUCUUCAGCAGCUGGAGUGUUGUGAAUGUCUGGCACAGCUCUGAGAAGAAGUACUGCUCGGGCACUGGGUGGCCUUCAUUCUCUGAGGCUCACGGGACGUCUGGCUCCGAUGAGAGUAACACAGGGAUCCUGAGACGCGUGGACACCUCGUUGGGACCAGCUCGCAUGGAGGUUGUCUGCAAGCAGUGCGAAGCUCACCUUGGCCAUGUGUUUCCUGAUGGACCUGGGCCUGCUGGCCAGAGGUUUUGCAUCAACAGCGUGGCACUCACGUUCAAACCAAGGAAACGCUGACUGUCUCCAGUAGUCCCCUUCCCUUGCCACGCCCUCAUUGGCAAACUCACUUUGAUUCGGUCAGAGGCUGUGCUAAAUUGUACAUCCAGAGGCUGGGUUGUACAUCUGAGAAAGCUCAGUCUACCUCUGAUCUUCCAACAUGAAGGUCAUCUCCUAAAACAGUUUGAACUUUUAAUCUCUGCUCAUAAAACUGAUGAAAAGCAGUGCUCUGCCUUUCAGAGGCUUUCCACUAGGGUUUUAGCACCUGCCCCACACAGAUCCCAUAUUCACCAAAUGUGUUAAGAGGAAAACUAGCCAUUUAUUUAGGGGCCCCAAGUCUCUGUCAAAUGCUCCUGCUCAUUUCCGUGUCCCCUGACAGAUGUACCCCUUUGUGGGUACAAACCCUAAAUUCUCAGGCUCUUGGCAGAGUUCAGAAUUGGCCAGUGACCCCAGGACAGAAGGGGCUCUCUGGGGUUCUCCCCUCUCUGAAGUUGUGGUAGACAGAACAGUGGCUCCCCAAAGAUGUCUGUAUCCUUACCCCCAGACCUGUAAAUACAUGACUUUCAUGGUAAAAAGGGUCUCUGAAGAGGUGAGUGAGUUAAAGACCUUGAUAGAGAGAGAUUAACCUGGAUUAUCUGGAUGGUCCAUUCUAAUCACACGAGUCCUUAGAAGUAGAGAACCUUUCCUGGCUGGGAUCAGAGAGAGAGGUGAUGAAGGAAGAAGGGUCAGAGAUACUGCAUUGCUGGCUUUGAAGGUGGAAGAAGAGGACCACGAGCCCAAGAAUGCGAGUAGCUUCUAGGAGCUGGAAAAGGCACGGAAGCAGACUCUGCCCUAGAGCCUCCAGAAGGAACGCAGGCCUGCCGACAUCUGUCCUACCCCAGGGAGACCCUUUUCCAGACUUCUGUGUCACUGUGAGAUAAUAAACGUGUGUUGCCUUAA